AGACUCUGCAAACUCCACAGGGGGCAAGAAGAUAUGUUCAGUUUCGCUUAGUGAAAUAUUCAAUCAUUUGUGACUCGAGACACUUAUUCACAGCGCCAUGAAAUUUAAUAGAAUUCAAUUUAUAUUUCUUGUUGGGCUAUUGAUCACCUCUUCGGUAUCUGGACUACGAAACAUAUGCAAAUACAAAGGAAGGCAAAUGACUCUUGGACAAAAAAUGAUUAAUUGCUAUGUGAUAAUUUCUUGUGAAAAAAAUGGUGUUAUUAAAAUACAGGAUUCAUGCCCAAAAUAUUCGUGUGUUCGACCAACUAAGCCUUUGGGAUAUAAGGUAUUUGAUGCCAGUGAACCGUAUCCCCGUUGCUGCGGUGGUCCAAUUUGCGAAGGACAGAUAAUAUCUCACAAAAUCUCAAAGGGAACGUAUAUUGUCACUGCAGAAUAAUUAAAAACAAUUAUUCAGCUCGCAUCAAUGAAAUUCUACACUUUAAGGAACAACAUAAUAAGACUGCUUAUAAUUUAAUAUUAGCUGUAGCAUAUUAAAAUCAAAGGUGUAUUAAUAUUUAUCAUAAUUGAGAUCUAUUUGAAAUAUAUCUCAAGGAUGUGGACUUUUUGCUCGAUUAACCGCUUCACCGGGAAUAAUAUAUCCAAGACGUUCAGCUGUGUUCAGCUCAUAAUGGUUUUACAUGUUGGGAGACAUUAUGUGGCUCACUGAAUUUUGGCCUCAAAAUAAUUUUUCGGUAGAUAGUAUGAACCCUCGCGAUCAUUGAUUAAAUAUCAGGUUAAAAUUUUAAAGAUUUUGCAAAUUAUCUUUUAAUUUGUGGUAGACGGGUGGAAUACGUUAAACCAUUUGCAAUAUUAGCGUAUAUACGUAUGGGCACAAUUUCCCUGGUAACUGUCACCAGAGCGCAUAUAUGCGCUUAGUUCGUAUCCAUAUAUAAUUAAAAAAAUUUUGUUAUCAGAGCGUAUUUUUGACUUUCCCCUGUGAUGCAAAUGGGUUAAUUAAAAAUUGAAUAGUAUGACUACAUAGAUAUACAUAUAAUUUAAUCGCCUAUCGAAUUUUAUAGGGCAUAGUAUUGUUUAAUAGUUUCUUUAUAUUUACGGUACUGAAAUCAAGAACCAAUUUUUUAGCAAAGUCCAACAUGUAAAAUAGUCUUAUAUAGAAUAGAUUUUUGUAAAUACUCAAUUAUAUAUUUUAGUUUAAAAUCGCAUGACUUAGGAUGUAUAAAUAAAUAUAUGAUUUUUAAUAAUGAAACAAA